CUUUGACAAGCCAUAUUUACACGGAAUAGCAGAAAGCAUUGAAAUUAUGGAUGAGGACGGGAUCCGGCUGAAGCUGUACAAGCGUUUGUACAGAGACUGAGGCACCUACGCUAGAACACUUCGUAGAUCAUUCGAAUGUUUGCCAGCGGACAGUACUGGCCUACCUGUCAAAGGAACAUCUCGAGUGGUCUUGAACUUUUCCGUAGAGUUCUUUGUCGCUGACGAGUGGGAACUUCAAGAGACCCCGUAUUUGAACUAGCGCUAGUCUCAUAAGUAUGCGUAUUUUCAAACCGGCUACGAAUCAUACCAAAAGCAGAGGAUGUGCAAGAAAUGGUGGAAUUUUUCGAGUAUUACUUUUUAUUCUUUGCGAUUCAUCCUGUCCUGACAUUAUUUCAAAGUUCGCCGUAUCUGAUUCAGUCUCUGAGGCCUGGAUAAUUUGGAGCUAAGGAGCUCUUUGGUUCGGUGUUAUCACCUUGAUGAUAGUCACGUUGAGCAUGACGCUUAACUCUAUUAUACUAGGUUACUUCAAGACUCAAGCUUUGUUUUUGUCCGUGUUAAGCUCGAAACUUGGCUCGACGUCAAUCACUCAGCGCAAGGCAUAGAGGGUAUAUGCGAUCCGAAGAAACAAAAAUGGCCGAACGAAUGGCUGUUGUACAAGGGAUGCUUCAAUAUUCAAGGUCCUGGCCGUACCCAAUGGUUCUCGAGCUCUUGUGCGGGGAGAGACUCGGGCUCUCCGCUACAUUAGGCGCCGAGAUCUUCGUGGAUCCGUAUUUUGACUACGGAGGCGUCAGCGCGAGCCUUUUCUGGAAUGGCAGGACCGAGGAAGAUAUCAAGCCGUCUGACGGUCUCUCGGGUACGGCACGACCCUCAACUUUCACAAGGACUGGGCAUUCCAUACGGUAAGUGGCGACACGCAUCUUUCGACAUUGGCAAUUCUGUCACCGCUCAGUUCGCGGACGGCUCAACGGUGGCCGGUUCAAUGCUCAUCGGCUGCGAAGGAGCCCGUGAGGAGACGCGAGAAUGCGUCGCAGGGUCUGAAGCCGCGAAGGGCUUCGAAUCUGACUACACGAUGAUGAACGCUGGGUCCCGUCUACCCGCACCAACUGCGCUAGCUUUGCGUGGGGAGAAUCCUAUGGUAUCGCGUGCCAUUCCCUCUCAAGCGUUCAAGCAGGGAGAUGUUGUACAGGUGGAUUCAGGAUGGAGUUUGGGCUCCCGUGCGGAUCUCAAGAGGAACAAUCGUGACGGCAGGAUCACGCUUGCGGGCGGCGCCGCACACAGCACGGUGCCACAGCCGAAGCCAAGGAUUUGAAUAACACUGUUUGCGACGCCGCCCAUCUUGUUGAUGCGGUGAUAAAGGCGGUUCGUGGCGAUCAGGUGCUGUCUAAAGCCGACCAGGAAUACGAAGGCGAGUUGCGGCCGCGCGGCGAGGCAUGUCAAAAGUUGUCGUAUCAGCAGACGGUUUUGAUGCGUGAGGAUGCUUGAGGGACGCUUCACCGAAUCUGCACUGUUCAGGAUCGGGUUAAACAAGAAACGCAGAAUAUACACAGGCCGUAUGAGGCAGAAGAGGGCCAAGUUACCGUCGCUCCGAGCAUGCCGCCAUAGAACGAGGUUGAAAGUCGAAUCACGUGAUAUCCAGAUGCGUUAGACAAGCGCAGUACUCGAAAUUGGACUAACUUAUGUGUGGUAUCGUCAUAAUUCACUAGUUGAUCGCUGCGGCUGGAUGAAGACUGGAGACGAUGUACUUCAUCUGCUUCCUCAUGCUUCACAAUGCGCCAUGCCCGUAGCGGACAUGAUUAACAGAUCACGGAAAAAGUCAGACGAGGAUUUUCGUACGUGGUUUUAAGGCGCGCUCCUGGUGC